CAAGGGACAGCUUUGCGUGGUGGAAUGGAUGAACAGUCACAAGACAUGCAGGGGCCUACGGCUCCACCAUUUCAGCCACAGAAAGCCUUGCGACCCGACAUGGGCUAUAACACACUUGCCAAUUUCAGAAUAGAGAAGAAGAUUGGCCGUGGGCAGUUCAGUGAAGUUUACAGAGCAACAUGCCUGUUGGAUGGGGUACCAGUGGCUCUGAAGAAGGUUCAGAUAUUUGAUUUAAUGGAUGCCAAAGCUCGUGCUGACUGCAUCAAAGAAAUAGAUCUUCUUAAGCAACUGAAUCAUCCAAAUGUAAUUAAAUAUUAUGCCUCGUUCAUUGAAGACAAUGAGCUGAACAUAGUAUUGGAAUUAGCUGAUGCUGGAGAUCUCUCUAGAAUGAUAAAGCAUUUUAAGAAACAGAAGAGGUUGAUUCCUGAAAGAACAGUUUGGAAGUACUUUGUUCAGCUUUGCAGUGCCUUGGAACAUAUGCAUUCUCGUCGUGUUAUGCAUAGAGAUAUAAAGCCAGCUAAUGUGUUCAUUACAGCUACAGGGGUAGUAAAGCUUGGGGACCUUGGACUCGGUCGAUUUUUCAGCUCCAAAACCACAGCUGCACAUUCUUUAG